GCCCUCAGCGUUCUAAUUUAGACAGGAGGGCAAAGAUGGCCACCAGCAAGUUUCGGUUCCACUUCCAUUUCAUUCCGUCAUUGAUAUAAAAAAGAAAAUUGGGGACAAUUUCUCAUUCUCAAAGGUUGCAGCUGAACGCGUUUUCCCCCCAGAUUUGUCUUUUGCUUACUACAACUACACGAUUAUCUGCCCCAUUUGGCAACACAGCCCCCUUCUCAUGCUAAUAGGCAGCAGGGGCCUGUGAGAUAUCCUGCCCAUCAUGUCGGUGUACCAUGAACGUCAGAAGUGGGAGUUGUGCGCCUUACACGCCCUCAAUAACGUGUUUCAGGACAGCCAGGCCUUCAGCAAGCAAGUCCUGGAUGAGUUAUGUCAAAAUCUCUCCCCCGGUACGGUCUUGAAUCCGCACAAGAGCAUGCUGGGAUUGGGCAAUUACGACGUCAACGUCAUCAUGGCCGCUCUGCAGCACAAGGACUGCGAGGCUGUGUGGUGGGAUAAACGAAGGUGUCUGGAGGCGCUCCGAUUGGAAGUUCUGAUCGGCUUCAUCGUCAACAUUCCCUCUCCCAUGCAGCUGGGCUUCGUCAGCGUUCCCCUCCGCCGCAAACACUGGAUCGCCGUCCGGCAGAUCGAGGGCACCUACUACAACCUGGACUCCAAACUGAGCAAGCCCGCCAAGAUCGGGGACUCCUCAAAGCUACGGGGUUUCCUCGAGGCGGAGCUGAGACGCAAAGGAUGCGAGCUGUUGCUCGUGGUGACCAAGGAGGUAGCGGAGGCCAAAACGUGGCUGCGCGACGAGGCCAGUUAGUGGUACGACGCAGUGGGAUGUUCCAGCCCAAGCAUCUCCAAAAAGUACUCGGAGUCGGAGAGUACUGAAAAAUCAACCUUCAUCCUUUCUUUUCUGUUUUCUAGUGAUGCAGAUGUUUAUAUUUUAUGUCAGUAAGUUGUGGAGAACUUAGCUGGAAAACGUGGUUGCGCGACGAGGCUAGUUGGUGGUACGAUGCAGUGGGCUGUGUCAGCCCAAGCAUCUCCGAAACACGUAUGGUGUGUCCUGAAGAACCAACUUUCAUCCCUUCUUUUCUGUUUACUUGUGAUGCAGAUGUUUAUCUUGAUAUCAGUUAUAUAGUUGUGGAGAACUUUGCUGAGAAACGUGGCUGCGUGACGAGGCUAGAUGUUGAUACGUCCCAAUGGGAUGUGUAAUAGUCCCGGCAUCUCCGAAACACGCUAGGAGAGUCCUGAAAAACCAACUUUCGUCCCUUCUUUUCUGUUUACUUGUGAUGCAGAUGUUUAUCUUUGAUGUCAGUAUAUAGUUGUGGAAUGUUUUGCUGAAAAACGUGGCUGCGUGACGAGGCUAGUUGUUGAUACAUCACAACGGAAUGUGUUAGUCUCGGAAAAUGUGCGGAGAUCCUAAAAAAAAUUUUUAAAAAAUGUAUCCAUUCUGUAAAGGCACAUAGGAACAUUUGCAAUUUCCCGAAACCGUACCUAACAACUCAACAGGAAAAUCAUUGCUCAAAGUGAAGAUAAGACUAGUACUAAAUACCCUGUGAAAUUAAUCUGCCUAAAAUGGUAUGGUUUUGAAGAAAACAAUCAUUAAGGUGGUUAGUAAGGAAAUCUGUCAUAGGGCACAGGUUUUUUUUUACUUGCGUUAGCAAUGGAAUCCAGUUUAUAGCCUAUGAGACCCUGCAAAUUUAGCAUAUUUUCUCUGUUUUCUCAAAAUGUGUAGUAUCCACUGAGCUGAAACUUCAACAAGUUGGUUGGUAUGCACCCUUCUUAAGAUUUUCAGCAAUUUUGUCGCUUCAAACGAAGAAAAAAAUGCAGCAAAAGCAAAUGAUCCUAUGUACCGUGAAUGCAAGUCAUUGUUGAGACUCAAUCUUUUGCCGUACGUUGUGGAGAACUUUACUGAUACUGAUUUUGAUGCAACACAAGCGAAUAGGUUUCAACAUACAUGCAGAGAGUUAAGAGAAACCAAAUACAUAAACGUGUACAUGUACUUAACCAUUCUUUUCCAUUUUCCAGUUACAUGUUUGUGCAUGUAGGUCACUGUAAAGUUUGAAUGUUUUUUGGCGGUAAGUUGUCUAGAACUUUUCAGAAUUACAAAGUUGUCGUUGUUAUGAUGUGAACAGUGCGUAAUGCAUAUGUAGCAAUUCCAGCAAUUUCAUUCUGAUAAGUUUUACAAUUUUGUUUCCGCAUUUUCCCCCCAAUGUAUGGAUCAAGAGUUCAUGCAUGGGCUAAUAUUACAGUAUCAGAAGUGAAAUGGAUAGGUUUUUGUUAAACAUACAGCCAAAGUGUACGUGUAUAUAACCUGGUAUUACAGAAUACUUGGGAAAUUGGAAAAAGAAAGUGUAGCUAGUACAACACUGUCCUGUGGUAAUUCAUCGACAGUAUAAGUCUGAGACUUUCUCUGCUGAAAUCUGUCCAGCCAAAUACUUGCUUCUUUUGUUCUUUACAUAUUUGCAUAAUGGCUCUGCAGCUGUAAUUGUGUUGUUUGAUGGACUCUUUCUUCUUAUAAUUUGUUUAUUCGUUUCGUCUGAAAUCAAUCCUAAAUGUCAGAUUUUUUUCUGUUGGCAUGUUCCUACCAGUGCAGUGCUUGUGUACAAAUUUGGAUUUCAGUCUAGUGAUGUUUCUAGUUCAGUAGUAUUCAUAUAUUCAUACAAUGUUCAUAUUUUGUACAACUCUCGUAUUUGUUUUGCGCAAAGCAAAGAUCAAAUAUAUAUGUAUGGCAGGUAGCCAACGCCCAAAUUAGACAGCAAUUUGUGAUAAAUUUGGACAAAGUUCAAACUUUAAUACGCGUAUCAGAUGCAUAUAUGUUGAGUACUAAAGUAAACUGUAUAUUAAAUUGUAGGCAUUGUGUUCUUUUAUAUUACAUGAAUGAGUGUUCUAGUGAAUUACGUUGUUUUUGUUUUUUGUUGUUUUUUUUGCUGCAAUGUUGUCCACAGUUGAUAGCAAGUAUAAUUACAUUGGACCAAUCACUUGUACAUUAGUGGCAUUUCUGCUGCAUUGGAUAAAUGAGUUUACAACACAGAACCAAUUCAAAAAAUUGUAUUUUGACUCUAACGAGCUGUCGGCAGUGUACAUUACAUGAAAUAGGAAGUACAGUGAGUUAUUACUCCACCAAUAGCACUUAGCAGAUGAAGAGGAAAGCCUCCCUCCAAAGUAAAACAAAAACAAAGAAAAUACUUUUACAAAAAAGAAGAAGGAAUACCCAGUGUCCCAAUUUGAUAUUGUUUAUCAGUUGAAAAACAGAACAUUAUUAGAUGCUUUUUGAGACUUUUUUUUCUGUUGUUUGUUCCGUUUUUUCCUUUUUCUUGAGAUUUUUGAAAAAGUUUUGUUUUAUUUAUUUAUUUAUGUAUUUUUGAACACAGUAAACCCUCCCUCUAUAUGAUUUUGCCAUGCGUAGGGUCAUUCUGGUCAUUUCAUUCUGCAAAUAUUGUGAUUUCGUAUAUUUAUGUUGACCAAAGUUCACAAAAGCUGUACAAAAAUGUAAACUUAUAAUAGGUCUCUCUCAAAUGACGUCACUUCCUACGGAUUGCGACAUGGGCAAUGUGGGCGUCAUAUUUUCUUGACGGGCAUUUUGAAGAAAUUUCGAGCGACAUGCACAAGUGUUUAGAAUAUUUUGCAAAUGCGCCUGAUGGGGUUGAACACGCAGUUGUAAUUUUCCUACGAAGAUGGCGUCCUGUGAGAGAGAUCUAGUGGCCAAGAUCAUACCAAAGCAUUUAUACUAUAGCUUGAAAGUAACCGUAGCAGACGUUUUGCGGUUUGGAAGUUAAUCCGUUUAAGUUUGAAGAACCAAACAGAGCAAGAAACGCUUUAAAAUCAUACAAACGGGAAACCACUGUUUAUUAUGCAAAGAGAACGCUGCUUUCAUUUUUAGGCCUAUUGUGUAUCCUUUGAGGUAUCCUCUUUUUCCUAUAUUAACCCUCCUGCUGUCUGAACAGUCACAGACAAUCAAAGAAUCAAGCCUCUUCCCCUGUCAUGCCUUUUACACAGGCUAGUCACCAACAGUCGGAUCAUAUUUCAAGCAAGCACUGUGACUAGUUAAAUUCAUUCAACAGACAAAAGCAGGCAACUGGUGUAGGCACAGCUGUCGUAUCAAUCACCUACAGUCAAAACAUAGCUGUAUCAAGUUACAUAAACAGUCACAGCCAGUCAAUCCUGCUUUAUAUAGGCAGGCACCAUUCAACCGUUAAAAACAGACGCUUGACUAAUUUUGACUGAGAGGACAACUUUGCACAGAGUUCAUGUUUGCAUAGGAGGGUUAAUUUAUUCAUAAAGAGGCAAAAAUGUCAAGAAAGAUAUUUGAUAAUUCCAGUUUUUAACCCCCAGCCUUUUUCUUUUAUGAAGAAUAAUUUCUGAAGAUGCUUCUAAAUGCUCUGAAUUGCUUUUGAAAAGGAAUCUCCUGGGAUCAUAAAAGUUGUGGCAGAGGUCUACCAUGUACAAAAUAUAUGUAGCUUCACUAGCUGCUGUGCUGCUUUGUAUCUUUAUCAUCAACAAAGAGUUUGUUGCAAAAAGUUAGCAAUUUUCAAAAUUGUAAAAAGAAAAUCAAAGGUCUAUCACUUUACCUGAUUCUAUUUAUUUGCAUAUACUUGUCAAUUGAUGUACAUUCAAGCUCUGAUUUACUCUCUAAUAUAUUUUUUUCCCAGAUAUUACAAAUGUAAUUAUAGACUUUGAUUACUCAUUCGCUUCGAAUUGUAAAUAAAUAGACCCUGUGCUUAGAGCGCCCUCGCUGUUUGCAGAUCCGCGUUCCCCAGUGAUACGCAUGCGUAGACACUCGGUACUUGCAUUGGCACUGAAUUUAAAAAAAAAAAAAAAAAAGCACUUACACAAACAUUGCCAUGAUUGUUGGCGAAUGAUUUUCCUUUUGAUAUACAGAAAGAAAGAACAUUUGCGCGAGUGGGACGCGGGCCUAACCUCAGUGAGGGCGCUCUAAGCAAAGGGUCAAUAUUUUCUUGUAAUUAUGUAUGUAGAUUGACAGAGGUACGAUAUAUUUAUUGAGAAAAUUGUAUAAUUGUGAUUCUUGUUUCUCGUGUCAAGCUUUCUUUUGAUAAUAGUCUAACAUAAAUAUUACUGUGUACAUGUACUGUCGGUGGAGUAGACAGAUGACCAAGGCCCAGUUUCGUGGAACAGCUAAGAAAAUGUGCUAAGCAUCUUUUUGUGUUUAGCACGAAUGAGCUACAACCAGUUACGAACAAUGUGCAUUGCAUAACUGUUCAUCUCUCGUAGCUUGUGAUGUUGCAAUCAUAUCAUUUUUGCCACUUAGCAAAUAUCUGUGCUCUGCAAGUUCCGUGAAAUUGUCCCUAAUCUUCUCCAUGACAAUGAUUUCUACUUUUCUAGAAAUAAAAAGUUGUUUUCUCUUUUGAUUUAGAUAUCAGAUGAAAACAAAAAUUGACCCACGUAUUACUUUAUUAUUUUUGAACUGUCUUAUUCGAAAGUGAGUAACUCUUGUAUUGCUAGAAAUAUUGCAGUUCAAACAUUUUGAAGGGGGUUUAAAACAAAAGAUAUUGAAAAAACAAAACAUGAACAGUACAUUAUUAAACUGGACCUACAAAUUGAAAAAUUGAUCAAACAUUUUCCCGUGUUGAAAAAAAGACAGACAGUACUUUUUUUAAAACAUGAAAGGGACCCUGGUCCCAAUCACUGUUGUUAAAGGUUGACAUUCAAGCACCGGUAAAAGUAAAGUUACAGUUUCAUUCAAACAGAUGUCAUAUAUUAAAAGAAAGAAGAGGCAUCUCACAUGUUUAGGGUUUUUUAGUUUUGAUUUUGAUCAGAAGGAUCUCCCCGAAAUUCAAUACAAUACUCAUGCAUACAUACUUGCCCAUAAAUAGUUCAUUAUUUAUUUGGAUACAAACAAUUUUUUUUGGUAUUUUUAAUGUAAGCACUUGUUUUCUGUUUGCUCUUGAUGUCAAAGUAAUUCCUAUUCUAUAUUUAUUGGACAAUAUCAGUGUUUUUUUUCUCGUGAAUGAUCUUAAGAAUAUAAACAUUAUUUAGUUGUGUACAUCAGUAUUUUCCAAAUUUCAUUAGUGCUUUUUUCAGGUUGAGAAAAAAAACUGAAAAUAAAAUCAGAGAACAUAUAA